AGGUCAAGCGAAAGAAAAAGCGCCUUGAUGAUGCAUCAAAUAACAAGCUUGAGAGUGAGGUGGAUCAGACGCCGAAGGAGCCUGUAAAGAACACAAUUGGCAAGAACGAAGUCAAGCCGAAGGAGAAGUUUGCCGAUGUCGCCUCAAGGAACAGUCUUGAGUAUGAUCCAAAAGGACAAGAAGGCCAAGAAAAAGAGAGGAACGCUUGAGGGCACUCCAGCGAAGAUUGACAACGCUGCCGAUGUCAUUGAGAGCCGAGCCGGGCCCCGGAAACCUAGGAACCCUAGAACGGACAAGAGGGCAAAGCGAAAGAAAGAGAAACUCGAGCGUGCUGCGGAUGAGCUCAGGAUGGUUGCCAGCGCCAGUGAGAGCCUAGCCGACUCCCAUACUUCUGAGAAGCUCAUAAAUGACAAAGAAGCGCAAGACGAGAAGGAGAAGCUCGAGGCCUUGAAGAAGCUUUCAACUGAUGCCAGUGCGACUGGGAACAACCAAAAGUCUCGAACAGUCGAUCGGGAACCCAUCGCAAAGCAUGAAGCUCAUUCACUGUCGCUUCCCGAGGACAACUUCCAGGAAGACGUCGGUGCUGCUAAUGCCAUUGUCGGAGGAGGUACUGGCAAAUCCAACAAGUCAGAGGAAUCCAAGACUCCCCUUUUUGAGGAAAGUAGUGGAAUGAAACGCAAGAGAAAGAACCGAGAUGCAGACGACCACCCCGAGAAGAAGCGCAAAAAACAUAAGAUCAAAGACCGCGAGGUGGAAAAAAACAACGAGACGAAUGAGGACGGUGAUGAUUCUAUGAGCGGCGCGAUCAUCGAUAGUCCCUCUGAGCAUCCUGCAGACAUGGCCCCUUGUAAGUCAGUAGCCUCAUACGAGACAGAUACCAACACUGAAUCGGAGGCUAUUCGAGAGCUUCCGCUCUGGGUCAGCAGACCUGCAUACGCUCUGAAUAUGAGGAAGAAGGGGACGACCACAACUAGAGAAGAUAAUAAGGAGUCUUACAUACCAGUGGCAUUACCUGCUGUCACGCCCAAGUCAUCAGCUCGACGUACUAGUGUUCCUAUCUCGAUACCAGAGACACCGCAGCCGAAGCCGACGGUCAUACCUCCUAAGCGCCAGAUGAUCGAUGCUUUGCCGAUGUCAUGGAAAGCCCCUAAACCUUCUCAGGAGGUGCAUCGAAAGCUUGGGAUUCCAUCGUCGGCAGCUUCAACUCCAACGAGAGCUUCCAGUGCUCACUCGUCAGGCUCAACGUCGAAAUACUCUGCGUUCUUGGGCAAGAGCACAACGCCAAUUCCUCCGCCUAAGAUUGGCAAUGGCUUGGUAACCACGAAUUGGGACAAAUAGAUACGCAUUGGGUCGCGAUCUGCAUUGUCUGCGUUUUCUCACUGCUGGUGUAGAGCCGUUGUAGAGCUGUUGCAAGCAUUUGAUGCUAACCACAACGAAAAGGAGAAGAUACUUUGCAUAUAUGUAGGGUUUGAUUGGUCUGGAUAUCUCAUAAUAGACUCUUGUACAAUCCCAAGUGCAUGCCAUUGGAAUAAGCUGAA